AUGUCAGAUAAUGGCGAUCCAUAUAUUGGACUUACCCUUCAUUGGAUUAAUAAUAGCUUUCAAGUAAAAGAAAUGAUUGGUAAUAUCUCAUAUUUUCCAUAUCCUUACACCUCCGAAUGUCUUUUUAAUAAGAUAGUUGAAAUUUUGGAUAAUCUCAACCUCAAACAUAUAACUGUUAGUGGUACAGUCGAUAAUAGGCAUAAUAUUAAAUCAUGUUUAGAAAGAAGCCCAAAACAAAAACAAUUUUUUUUAGAAGCUCAAAUGGAGAUGGAGGAUUGGGAUAAUUUUCUUUUUGUAGUUCAGAAUGUUUCAACAAGGUGGAACUCGACGUUCUAUCUUUUAAAACAGCUAACAAUUCUUAAACCUGUAAUGUAUAAGUAUAAAUCAUUUUUAGUUGAAGUAACUGAAUUAGUUAAAUUAUUGUAUCCUUAUGAAGUAGUUACAAAAAAACUAUCUGGUUCCCAGUAUCUGACACUUUCUCAAGCAUGGUUCGUGAUUAAUUUUAUUAAAGGAAAACUUGAUUGUGCAAUAACAAAUAAUGUUAAUGUCCAAAAAUUUAAAACACUUCUUCAUGAAUCAAUCAAAAAUCGAUUUUUAGAACCAUCAAAGCCAAUUCAACUCGCUGUUUUUCUUGAUCCACGAACCAAAGAUAUGCAAAUCUUUACAGAAGAAGAAAAGAAUCGUACUAUUUCAGAAGCACGCAUAGAAUAUCUUGAAUUAGCUACUAACUAUUAUGUAGAUAAUAUUUCAGAUACAGUACCUAGUGAUAUAAUGAAUGCCGAUGAUGACAUUUUUUCUGAUUCUUUAGCCACUUACUUGCAAGAACAUUCAAAUGAACAAGAUGAUGAUAAUAUUACUAAUCAUGAGUUUAACUCAUAUUUACUAUUACCAAGAGUUUUAAGUGAAACAGACAUACUCCAAUG